AAAUUCAUUUUCUCUUCUCUCCUCAAUUUCUCAAGAUUUCCAUUUUCUUUUUCCUUUUUUUUUUAAAAAACCCACAAAACAAAUUCUUGAUUGGUGUGUUCUUAUCCAAGAUUUUGAAUCUUUUCUUUCAAAGGAAAAAUAAAUACACUCUUGAUUGGUGUGUUUUUAUCGAAGAUUUUGCUGUCCAAAUUCAAAGUCAUGAAGAGGAACUUCAAUUGCUCUGAUUCUUUGACUCAUUUUCUCUCACACCCACUUGAAGCGGAGAUGAAAGCAGAAGAGGAGUGCAUUUAUAACGGAGAAUUUCAGUCAAUGGUGGACGGUGGUGGUGGUGGUGGUGGUGGUGGAGAUGGAGAAGACUACGGUGGAGAAGAAACAGGUCAAUUUGGUGACAAGAAGAGAAGAUUAAGCAAUCAUCAAGUGAAAUCAUUGGAGAAAAUCUUUGAAGUUGAUAACAAACUUGAUCCAGAUAGGAAAGUGAAGGUGGCCCAAGAUUUGGGAUUGCAGCCACGGCAGGUGGCGAUUUGGUUCCAGAACCGCCGUGCACGGUGGAAGACCAAACAGUUGGAGAGAGACUACACUCUUCUUAAGUCCAGUUAUGACACUCUUAAGCAAAAUUACCAUAAGCUUGAGCAAGAGAAAGAAACUAUAAUCAAAGAGUUGGUAGAGCUAAAAGCAAAGCUUCAUGAGGGAACAACAGAACGAAAUGAUGAAUUUGAGGAUAGAGAGAAUGCUCUGUUCUUGGGAUCUGAUCCAACGAAUACAAAUCAUGAAGUUUACACAAGCUUAAAUUAUGAAAAAACUCGAAAAUUACUAGAUUUAAAAGAUGGGUUUUCGGAUAGUGAUUCCAGUGGGGUUUUGAACGAUGAAAACAUGAAUGUCAACAACCCUCGUGGGAGCCCGUUCCUAAAUAUGAAAAACUUCGGGCUCUCAGCUUCUUUAUGUUCGUCAUCAGCUACGACUUCGAAUCACACAGAGCUUGUAGAUCCAAGGGCAUAUCAACAACAAUCAGAUCCAUAUUUAGUUAGCAAUGUUGAGGAAGAAUCUUGCAACAUUUUUUUGGUGGAUCAAGCACCUAAUCUUUGUUGGUACUUUCGGGAUCACAUGAACUAGUAGCUAAAUGACUUAUAUAGUUUGUAGUUGAAGCUUAUGAAAUUGAAUAAUCAUGUAAUAUUUUUGUUAUCAAGUAUAUUAAAAUAGUUGAAAAUUUAUG